GCUACUUCCUCAGGGCUGUAGUUUCACAGUUUCACUUUUGUGUGCUGACGCCUCCUCUGAGAAGCGCCUGUUCUUGGCUUCCCAUGGCUCCGUAGCUCCCGGGGGAGACCCCUCUCCGACCCGACCCGCCUACACGACGUCCUUGCUUCCAUUGGUGGGCCCAGACACCUCAGCAGAGGUGAAGACCUCGGAUCAUGUCAUCAGCCUUUGUGAGUGUGGUCAGGAGUGUAAUCAAAGAGGUGGACCAGAGAGGAGAGCUCAUCCCAGUGGACAGCCUGCGGAACUCUACCAGCAUCAGGCCCUACUGCCUCCUGAGCAGGAAACACUCAACCUCAUGGUUCUGGAAACCCCGUUAUACAUGUGUCAACCUGUCAAUCAAGGACAUCCUGGAACCCAGUGCUCCAGAACCAGAGCUGGAGUAUCAAGGCCACUUCCACUUUUCUGAUGUCAUCGACGGGAACGUUCAGGGCAGUGUGGGGCUGUCAGGCACAGGACAGGGGAAAAUUUCUGGUGGGGCCGCAGUGUCCCACAGUUCCAGUGCCUCUGUGAACGUGCAUCUACUGCGUGUGGCUCAGAACACCUGGGAGACGCUGCGGCGUGAGAGGCACCUGAGGCAGCCUGAACACAAAAUCCUGCAAGAGCUUCGGAGUCGUGGGUGUGACAUGUUUGUGGUGACAGAGGUGCUACAGACACAGGAGGAGAUGCAGGUCACCCGGACCCACAACCGGAAGGGCUCAGGCCAGUUUGCAGUGCUUGGAGCCAUAAGCUUGCAGGGUGAAGGCCAGGGUCACCGAAACCAGAAGAAGAUGGUGACGAUUCCUGUCGGCAGCAUCCUGGCAUUCCAAGUGGCCCAGCUGCUCAUUGACCCUGAAUGGGAUAUCCUUCUCUUCCCUGAUAAGAAACAGAGGACCUUUGAGCUUCCCCCCACAGGCCACAGAAAAGACUGUAGCGUGAUUGGCAAACUACUAGAAUGCAUUGGUGAUGACGUCACGUCAGAUGGAGUCCCUGAGGAAGAAGUGAUCGGAGAAGACUUCCGAGGCCUGUGUGCAGAGGUGAAGGCUGCCUCCACAAAGCUGGAACACUUCGACAUGAAGUUGAGACAAGAGCUACUAGUGAACAUUGGGAAGAUUUUACAGGACCAGCCCAGCAUGGAAGCCUUGGAGGCCGUGCUAGAGCAGGGUCUGUGCAGUGGCGAGCAGGUGGAGCCUCUGGAUGGCCCAGCAGGCAGCAUCCUGGAGUGUCUGGUGCUCUCCUCUGGAACCCUGGUGAUGGAAGUUGCUUCCCCUGUCUCCUACCUGUUGGAAGCACUGGCUGUGCUGAGUGAAACCCAGCAGCAGCUGCUGGCUACGUCUCUGGAGGCAACGGUGCUAUCAAAGCAGCUGGAGUUGGUGAAGCAUAUUUUGGAACGGACCACCCCAUGGCAGAAGCAGAGUUGUGUGUCUCUGCCCUCGAGGCUCCUCGGGGACAGCUGGGAUGAGGAGGCUCCCACCUGGGUCUUGCUAGAAGAAUGUGGCCUAAGGCUGCAGGUGAACACCCCCCAGGUGCACUGGGAACCUGUGUCUCAGGGCCCCAUGUGUGCACUCUACACCUGCCUGGCCCUAUUGUUGACUCUAAGCCAGAAACCUGGCUAACCUACAGGGCCCCCUUCCCCUAACAUCCUCAAUUCCUACCCUCCAGCUAGGGCAGAAACUUGCCUAGCCCAGCUCCAGGGAAGCCAAGAAAUUCAAUCACAAUACUAGAAGGCAAUGAAGCCCAAGAGUUGGAAAAAUGUAAUAAAUAUACAAAGAAAACAA